AUGUUUGAAAAACAAGAUUUAGUUCAGUGUGCUGAAGUUUUUAAAAACAGUAAUUCUACUCCACAAGAAGUUAUCACUUACGGAAUUCGCUUUCUUCUCUCUAUGUAUGGAGCUCCUAAAAAAACUACGUGUUUAGAUAAGUUUCGAUACGCAUGCUUCGUUAAAAAUACUCGAAAUGAAAAACAAGUACAAUUAGCUUGUCUUCCUCCAACUUCUGCGGCUGCUCAUCAAUAUCUUUUACGGAUAUAUUACAAAGUUCAAGUGUGGCUUGGUUAUCAGCUAGACCCGAAAGACUGGGGUUGGAAGUUGGUCGACAAUGCAUUAAAACCAGUUCAAACUGCUCAACACAAUUUUUUUCAACUGCAAAAAGGGAUGUAG